CUAGAGUCUUCAGGAACUCAACCUGGAACUGCAGCAUCUCUCCUAGGUUACCGAACAGGACAUCGAGCUGGAGGAGGUGGCAUAGCAACAUGUUGCUGAAUGAGCGAGAGAAGGGAAAUCGUUGCCGUGGUAAUGGACGUGACAGCCGUAUCCAGGGACGACCGGAUGGAGCACAGGCAUCACCGCGGGGACCAUGAUCAGACCAGACAUAAUCUUAAUUAGAUAGUAAUGCACGCACGUGCGCACACACACACACACACACACACACACACACACACACACACACACACACACACACACACACACACACACACACACACACACACACACUCACUUGUCUGCAGACUGUCUUAUCUAAUUAUGUGUGUUAAGACACACACAUCCACAGAGUCUUAGGAGUCUUUUGUAGAACAGUGGGUUACCACGUGUUUCAUGUUACUGUACGUUCUGAAUGGGACUGUAAUUUUGGCCUUUACUACGACAGACCACAGAAAUGUAUUAAAUAAGCAGUUAUAAAUGGCAAAACUAAACUGUCCAAAAAUAAACCAUUAUUAAGGAAUAAAGGUUUUGAAAUGUCUGUCCUAUAUCUAGGAGACAUAAGAAAUCUGAUUGUUUUUUGACAUAUUGUCACGUGUGUUCCCUCUCUGACCUCGAGGUCACCUCGUUAUGGAGCACACCUGUCACCCUCGUUAUGGAGCACACCUGUCACCCUCGUUAUGGAGCACACCUGUCACCCUCGUUAUGGAGCACACCUGUCACCCUCGUUAUGGAGCACACCUGUCACCCUCGUUAUGGAGCACACCUGUCACCCUCGUUAUGGAGCACACCUGUCACCCUCGUUAUGGAGCACACCUGUCACCCUCGUUAUGGAGCACACCUGUCACCCUCGUUAUGGAGCACACCUGUCACCCUCGUUAUGGAGCACACCUGUCACCCUCGUUAUGGAGCACACCUGUCACCCUCGUUAUGGAGCACACCUGUCACCCUCGUUAUGGAGCACACCUGUCACCCUCGUUAUGGAGCACACCUGUCACCCUCGUUAUGGAGCACACCUGUCACCCUCGUUAUGGAGCACACCUGUCACCCUCGUUAUGGAGCACACCUGUCACCCUCGUUAUGGAGCACACCUGUCACCCUCGUUAUGCGUACACAGAGAGCAUCAGCCGGGUUCUCGUCAGGUUUCUGCCCCUCAGCGGUGGCGACCGGUCUGCUCCUGAUCCCCGGGAUCGUCCCUGUGGUUGGCGUCCUGCGGCUGGAGCCAAACGCCCCGGGGAGGGUGGUACUGUCACGUAAUGCUCUCUCUCCGGCGCUCUAGGUCCUCAUGGUCUCACGCCUCGGCAGGAUCGACAGGUUCGCAGAGGUGACCGCUCCGCUCCUGAUCCCCGGGAUCAGUCAUCUUGGUCGGCG